UGUGUCAAGUGAAGCGAAAAACUAGUAGCCAAGCAGAAGCAAAGAGCAGAAAGUGAUUUUGUGCCAAUGCAAAGCACUCGAGAUACAAAGACUGAACUAUUUACCUUCUCUCAAAUUGCUGAAAGUGAUUUUGUGCCGAUGCAAAGCACUCGAGAUACAAAGACUGAACUAUCUUCCUCUUCUUAUGCUGCUGAAGACCAGAAAGAGCACAAGCCGUUCUUUAGGAUGGAUUGGCUUCACACUAAGGCAGGCUAUGUCACGACCAAAGGAUCACUGCAGAGAAUUCCGAAAAAAGAAGAAAAUGCGACGAUGUCAAGUGAAGAGGAAAAACUAGUAGCCAUGCUAAAGCAUAGAGCAGAAAGUGAUUUUGUGCCAAUGCAAAGCACUCGAGAUGCAAAGAAUGAACCAUUUACCUCUUCACAUGCUGCUGAAGAUCAGAAAGGCAGCUUUUAUGAAGAUAAGAAAGAGCACAAGCCGUUCUUUGGGAUGGAUUGGCUUCACACUAAGGCAGGCUAUGUCACGACCAAAGGAUCACUGCAGAGAAUUCCAAAAAAAGAAGAAAAUGCGACAAUGUCAAGUGAAGAGGAAAAACUAGUAGCCAUGCAAAAGCAUAGAGCAGAAAGUGAUUUUGUGCCAAUGCAAAGCACUCGAGAUGCAAAGACUGAACCGUUUACCUCUUCACAUGCUGCUGAAGAUCAGAAAGGCAGCUUUUAUGAAGAUCAGAAAGAGCACAAGCCGUUCUUUGGGAUGGAUUGGCUUCACACUAAGGCAGGCUAUGUCACGACCAAAGGAUCACUGCAGAGAAUUCCAAAAAAAGAAGAAAAUGCGACAAUGUCAAGUGAAAAAGAAAAACUAGUAGCCAUGCAAAAGCAUAGAGCAGAAAGUGAUUUUGUGCCAAUGCAAAGCACUCGAGAUGCAAAGACUGAACUGUUUACCUCUUCACAUGCUGCUGAAGAUCAGAAAGGCAGCUUUUAUGAAGAUCAGAAAGAACUCAAGCCGUUCUACGAACGGCUUCACACAGAGCCAGGAUAUGUCACAAGCAAAGGAUCAUUGCUGAGUCUUCUGAAAGAAGAAGAAAAUGCAACAGUGUCAAGUGAAGCAGAAAAACUAGUAGCCAUGCAGAAGCAAAGAGCAGAAAGUGAUUUUGAGCCAACGCAAAGCACUCGAGAUACAGAGACUGAACUAUUUCCCUGUUCUCAUGCUGCUGAAAAUCAGCAAGAACUCAAGCCGUUGUUUGGGAUUGAUUUGCUUCACACAAAGGCAGGCUAUGUCACGAACGAUAGAUCUCUGCUGAGUGAUCUGAAAGAAGAAGAAAAUGCGACCGUGUCAAGUGAAGCGGAAAAACUAGUAGCCAUGCAAAAGCAAAGAGCAGAAAGUGAUUUUGUGCCAAUGCAAAGCACUCAAGAUACAGAGACUGAACUGUUUCCCUGGAUAAUGAAAAGGGCGCUGAUCCUCAUGCUACUUUGGGAAAAGUUCAUUCUUAUUCAUCACACUCAGAGUGGGAAGUUGGUUCACAUUACUCAGAAUUGGAAGUUGGUUCACAUUGCUCAGAAUCAGAAUCUGAAGACACUGAUGAGAAGAUGAAGAUUCAAGCAAGUCGAGAAUAUCAUAGGAGAGAAACAUCGGAAAGUGCAGUUUUGCAAAUGCGGAACACUGCAGAGCCAGAGGUUGAACCCUUUUCCGUGGAAGUAAAUGAAGACACUGCUUCUGACGAAGUUCAUUCAUAUUCCUCAGAACAAGAAUAUGAAGUUGAUUCAUAUUGCUCAGGUCCGAAUAUGAAGUUGGGGAUAAAAGGCGAGGAUAGAAGCUAGUCUAGAAUAUAACGAUAUUAUACACAUACCAAAGAUGAAAAAGGAAAGUUCUUCACAUGCUACUUUGGAUGAUGCCGAUGCCUUAAUUGAUAUGUUAGGCAGCGGUGGAAAACAAGAAGGGAGAUCAUCAGAAGGAUGGGGUGGAGUUAAAUAUGACUCUAUAGUCGACCAUCUCAUUAAGUCCAUAAAAAAAUCUAACAUUGAAAAAAUUGGAAUAUAUGGCAGAAAUGAGGUUGCAAAAGCUAUUGUCAUUGAAGCUUUGAAGGAAUCAGCAAUUUUGAGAAAUUUAUUUGAUAGAGUCAUCUGUGUUACUGUUCCUCUGAACUGCGACAUGGAAAAGGUACAAAAGGAGAUUGCUGGACAAAUAUCUUGUGAUUUAACUGAAGCCAAUGCAGUUGAUAUGCCACAUUCGGUGGUGAAUCCAUUGGAAGGCCUCAAGUUUUUGCUCAUUCUUGUUGGCGUUAACCAACACAUGAAGCUAGAGACAUUGAGGAUUCCUGAAGCAACACCACCAGUUGGUAGCAAGAUAGUCUUUGUGACUAGAUCAGGACAAUUGUGCGAUGAAAUCGAAGUGGAUAAGAAAAUAUGCUUGGAUGAUCUGUUGCUGUACGAAUUAUUUCGUCAGAAUGUGGGUGAAGUUGUUUAUUAUUCUAAAAAAGCCAUAGCUAGAGAAAUAGUUAGGAUGUGCAGGCCAUAUUCACAUGCUGUUAUUCUAGUGGCAAGGGCACUGCAAAAUGUUGAUGACAUUUUAAUCUGGAAACAUGUGCUUGAAAGACUGAA